UGCGCAUCACGAAAGAAUGCUAAUGUUUACGGGAAGCUGCAACGAGUCAGUUUGCCGUCGGUGUGUCACGCAGUACGGUUGCACGAAUAAUAAAUAAUCCAAAGUGGUGUUUUCACCUUCAAUAUGGCUAGCAAACACAUUCUAGAACGGGCCGAAACUGCUCUAGAGUUAGCGCAAGAGUUUCUGCUCGAGUCGGAAGAUGAAAUGUUUGACGAGGAUGAUAUUGAUGAGGAGGAAGAAAACGAGAGCGAAACUUGUGAUAAGAAGGAAAAUGAAGAAACUACCCCAGUGGAAGGUGAAACUGCAGAUGACGAAGAAAAGGGACGUAAAGGCAAUGCAAAUGGCAAAGAAAAAGACUCAACUACGGAGCCUAAAAGCAAGAAAUCGUCCAAAGGUAUGGGCAAAAAGUUGAAAAGUUUGAUGGGCGUAGUAAUGCAACCACUUGGUUCAAAGGUGAACUGGAAAAUAGAUUUCAACUUGGGAGUAAAUGCAUCAAACCAGAAGGACAAAAGCGAGAACAAAGUGGAUUCUAAAAUCGAGAAAGCCGGUACACCACACAAUCCAAAGAAGAGUGGACAGUUGUCUGAAAAUGAUAAAAAGAUCGCAAGCCUGGAAAACGAAAAUAAACGAUUGGAAAAGAUUGCACAUAAAUUUCUUGACGAGUGUAUUCGACUAAAAACAAGAGUCGGAGAGCUUUCAGAGGUGGAAGCACAACUUACGGCGGUAAAAGCUGAUAACGAGCGGCUCAAAGCAGAAUUGCUCGAUCAGCAAAAACUUCGCCAAAGCUUGACAGAAAACUUAGCAACCCAAACUGAAGAACAUCGGAAGGAAGUCAAACGACUUGAUGAAGAGCUUAGAACGGCUAAGACCGACUUCACAAAGCUAAAAUGCAAAAGCCAAGAACAAGAGCAGGAACUACUUCGCUCGAGAAAAGAACUGGAAGCACUUUCAAAACAGCAUGUGAAUCUUAAGAAAGAGAAGGAUUGUAAAGCGGAGCAGUAUCUUUUAGAAGCGACGAAGCUCAAUGAAAGCUUACAACAGACAGAAACGGAAAAAAGUGAGCUGAAUUUGCUCCUUGAAAAGCUUAAAGCUGAUUUGCAAAUUGCACAUGAGCACAACACAAACGCAAACACACAAAACGCGCAAUUGCAGCAGAAGAUGAGAGCGAUGGAAAAUGAUAAAAACAUGUUAGGGUUACAGUAUGAAGCUUCCAACGCUAAAGUGUCUGAGCUGCGUCGUGCGAUACAUGUUUUGGAAUCAAACGCUUUUACAACGACUACGGCACAAACGUUGAGUGAUGGUUCGUUCUCUUGCCCCAUAUGCGGAGCCCAGUUCACCAGUUUGGCCAAUAUGCAGCUCCAUGCAGAGGAUUGUAAUGCAUAAAUGUGCAAUGUGGUUCAGCAUUUUCGUAACUUUAUUUUGAAGUGAUCGUAACAUUAUCCAACACAAUUAUGAAUUCAGGCGAUUAUUUUAAGUUCUAAGAAGAAUAAAAAAGAUUGUUGGAAGUUUAAAUACUUUCAAAGGAAAUUA